GUCUAGAGCGGCGGCGGCUGGCUAGGUCUGCGGCGCGCGCGGGUGGUUCGCGGCCGGGUCAGGUUCUUCGGGCCCGGGCGGGAGGACCAGCACUUGAGGUCGGGGCCGCAGCCCGUGACUUCACUACCAGGCAGCAGCACUGCUGCUGCGGGGCUCCAGCACUUGGCCCGGCGGGACGGCGGAGCGACUGGCGCCGGGGGCCGGGAAGCGCCAGAUGAUGGAUUUGGACGUGCUUCUGUGAAGAAAUGCCACAUGGUCUGAGAACAAACAUGUCCGGGCUACUGCCACUUUAGGGGACUAGGGCUCAGUGCCAACGCUUCCCGGGUUAUCAGGCGUGGUCUGACCCAGGAUCAAGAAGCACAUCAUCACCAAUGACAUCAUGACAGCAAGAGAGCACAGCCCUCGCCAUGGUGCCAGGGCCCGUGCAAUGCAGCGGGCUUCUACCAUCGACGUGGCGGCCGACAUGCUGGGCCUCUCUCUGGCAGGAAAUAUACAAGACCCAGACGAGCCCAUUUUAGAAUUUAGCUUAGCUUGCAGUGAGCUGCAUACUCCAUCGCUAGAUCGAAAGCCAAAUAGUUUUGUUGCGGUGAGUGUCACCACCCCUCCUCAGGCAUUCUGGACGAAGCAUGCACAGACGGAAAUCAUUGAGGGAACCAACAAUCCUAUAUUUCUAAGCAGUAUUGCCUUCUUUCAAGACUCUCUUAUCAAUCAGAUGACACAAGUCAAACUCUCCGUGUAUGAUGUCAAAGAUAGAUCUCAGGGAACAAUGUAUUUACUGGGCUCUGGAACGUUCAUUGUCAAAGAUCUGCUCCAGGACAGGCAUCAUAGGUUGCAUUUAACACUAAGGUCUGCAGAGAGUGACCGUGUGGGUAACAUCACUGUGAUUGGCUGGCAGAUGGAGGAGAAGUCAGACCAACGGCCCCCUGUGACCCGGUCUGUAGACACUGUCAAUGGGAGGAUGGUUCUUCCCGUUGAUGAGAGCUUAACAGAGGCAUUAGGAAUUCGAUCCAAAUAUGCUUCAUUGCGAAAGGACACUUUGCUGAAAUCGGUGUUUGGCGGUGCCAUUUGCCGCAUGUACCGGUUUCCAACCACCGAUGGUAACCACUUGCGGAUCUUGGAGCAGAUGGCAGAGAGCGUGCUCUCCCUGCACGUGCCCCGGCAGUUCGUGAAGCUCCUACUAGAGGAAGAUGCAGCCAGAGUGUGUGAGCUGGAGGAGCUGGGGGAACUGUCCCCUUGCUGGGAGAGCCUCCGGCGCCAAAUUGUUACCCAGUACCAGACCAUCAUCCUCACAUACCAGGAGAACCUGACUGACCUCCAUCAGUACAAAGGGCCCUCGUUUAAAGCAAGCAGUUUGAAAGCAGAUAAAAAGUUAGAAUUUGUUCCCACAAACUUGCACAUACAAAGGAUGAGAGUUCAAGACGAUGGAGGAUCAGAUCAGAACUACGACAUCGUCACCAUCGGGGCGCCAGCAGCACACUGCCAAGGUUUUAAGUCAGGAGGUCUCCGCAAAAAGCUGCACAAAUUUGAAGAGACCAAGAAACACAGUUUUGAGGAGUGUUGUACAUCUUCUGGCUGCCAGUCCAUAAUCUACAUACCACAGGAUGUCGUCAGAGCCAAGGAGAUCAUUGCCCAGAUCAACACCCUGAAAACCCAAGUUAGUUACUACGCAGAGCGGCUCUCAAGGGCAGCCAAGGACAGGUCUGCCACUGGCCUUGAGAGGACACUUGCCAUCUUGGCAGACAAGACACGGCAGCUGGUCACGGUCUGCGACUGCAAGCUGCUGGCCAACUCCAUCCAUGGGCUGAAUGCCGCGCGGCCUGACUACAUUGCCUCCAAGGCCUCCCCCACCUCGACUGAGGAGGAGCAGGUGAUGCUUAGAAAUGACCAGGACACCCUCAUGGCCCGGUGGACGGGGAGAAACAGCCGAUCUUCCCUGCAGGUGGACUGGCACGAGGAGGAGUGGGAGAAAGUGUGGCUGAAUGUGGACAAGAGCCUGGAGUGCAUCAUUCAGCGUGUGGACAAGCUGUUGCAGAAGGAGCGGCUGCAUGGCGAGGGCUGUGAGGAUGUCUUCCCCUGUGCAGGAAGCUGUACUAGCAAGAAAGGUAACCGGGACAACCACGCCUACUGGAUCAGACCAGAAGACCCCUUCUGUGAUGUCCCCUCCUCGUCAUGCCCCUCCACCAUGCCCUCCGCUGCAUGCCAUCCUCACCUGACCACACAUUGCAGUCCCCCUCCUGAAGAGUCCAGCCCAGGUGAAUGGAGUGAAGCCCUUUACCCGCUGCUGACCACUCUCACUGACUGUGUGGCCAUGAUGAGUGACAAGGCCAAGAAGGCCAUGGUAUUCCUGCUCAUGCAGGACAGCGCGCCCACCAUAGCCACCUACCUGAGCCUGCAGUACCGCCGUGACGUGGUCUUCUGCCAGACUCUGACUGCCCUCAUCUGCGGCUUCAUCAUCAAGCUGAGGAACUGCCUGCAUGACGAUGGCUUCCUGCGGCAGCUGUACACCAUUGGGCUGCUGGCCCAGUUCGAGAGCCUGCUGAGCACCUAUGGUGAGGAGCUGGCAAUGCUGGAGGACAUGAGCCUUGGGAUCAUGGACUUAAGGAACGUGACCUUCAAAGUUACUCAGGCCGCUUCCAGCGCCUCCGUGGACAUGCUGCCCGUCAUCACAGGAAAUCGCGACGGGUUUAAUGUGCGGGUCCCUCUGCCCGGCCCGCUGUUUGAUGCCCUGCCCCGGGAGAUCCAGAGCGGCAUGCUGCUGCGGGUGCAACCCGUCCUCUUCAACGUGGGCAUCAAUGAGCAGCAGACGCUGGCUGAGAGGUUUGGCGAUACAUCUUUACAAGAAGUCAUCAAUGUGGAGAGUUUGGUGCGGUUAAAUUCCUACUUUGAGCAGUUUAAGGAAGUUUUGCCUGAGGAUUGCCUGCCUCGGUCUCGCAGUCAGACGUGCCUGCCAGAGCUGCUACGGUUUCUGGGUCAGAACGUGCAUGCCCGGAAGAAUAAGAACGUCGACAUUCUCUGGCAAGCUGCUGAGAUCUGCCGUCGCCUUAAUGGGGUCCGGUUCACCAGCUGCAAGAGCGCCAAGGACCGUACGGCCAUGUCAGUGACACUGGAGCAGUGCCUGAUCCUGCAGCAUGAGCACGGCAUGGCCCCACAGGUCUUCACGCAGGCCCUGGAGUGCAUGCGCAGCAUUGGAACACGGGAGGUAGUCACCCAGAAGAACUUGAGCGGCCUGGUGCCCAUCCGAGACUUAAGGCUAGACCCCAGCCUCCUCUGUUCCAUUCCUUUAUUAGCUCUGAGCCCCAAUUUACUGAUUGUGUGGCUCUUUCUGAGCAUAGCAUACCUGGUGACCAAAUUGCGUUGCAAAUGAAUAUUAUUAUGAAAAAUUAAUAAGUCACAAGAAAAACAAAAGUGCCAGAACAUGUCCAGCCACCGUGUACCUAACUGGACAGAAGGAAUGUUUCAAAGCGUGGUCUUCCAAGAGAUAUUUCAUGCCUUACAUUUUGAUGUUUUGUUCUUCUGAACUGUAAAUAGCUGCCAAAUUAUUUCACCAAGAGGACUUGUUUGUUUAGCUCCUGUAGCAUCUUCAGUGCUUGUAACAUGUUCUUACGGUGCCCUGUCACUGCAUCGUUUAGCUGGCCUGGAAUUCCUUCUACCACGUCUCUACCUUCCGACGUACAACUAUCUAUCACCUGUACUUCUCACGUGCCCUGUUUCCAAAAAAAAGGAGUUCUGUUUGAAGAGAAUUUGUAUAUUUGAUACUAUUCUUUAAGUAUACUGCUAACCCUUCCUUUCCUUUUGAUGACAAAUGAAAAGAAAAAGAUAGAUGCUUUAUAACUGGCUCAUCUAGAUAAACCUAUCUAAUAGGACAUGUAUUUUCUGCUUUCAUUUCAAAGCGUAGUCCCUGAAUUACAGUAGCAAACAGUUUGCAAAAUCUUAAGACUGCCUUGCUUAUAUUUAUUAUUUCUGAUUAAGGAUGACACAAAGCUGUGAAUACAAUAGUACACUGUACCAAGUCAGACACAGACCAAUAGGCUAUCUGACUCUGCAAGGGUCAUGCAACUGGUUCUAGGGAUUAAUGCAUAUAGUAACCAAAGGCUGUUAAAGUUAUAUCUUUUUAUUUAUUUUAAAACAGCAUUUUUCAUUUUAAAAAUGGUAUCUUUAAUUGCAGAUUAAAGUUCCAACAUCUUUUCUCUCUUACUAAUCAAAUAUGGUUGAUAAUGAAAAAAAAAUGAAAGAGAAAUUGCAAAAAAAAAUGAUCCUUGACUUUUGGGCAGUUGUGACGGAUAGAGCUGUGAGAGCAACGGGGUGCUCUGGUUUCUGCUGGUGCCCUUUAGUCCUAAUGUGGCAUGCCCUGCAAUGCGAUGAAGUGUAACCUUAACACCCAUGUGGGGCAGAGGGUUAUUGGACACCUGUAAAGGUAACCGAAUAAAUAAGGAAAAAAUCCCCACACCCUGUGCAGGACAGUCAGCGGCUUCUCUGUCUUACAGUUCAUAUUAUAUUGUGCCCCCACUUUCUGUCUUCAGUUCGUUCCCCAUACACUGUAGUUUAUGAAGAGGAUUUUUUUUUUUAACCAGUCCAGAAAAAUGGAAAUGAAUUUAGAGAAGCUUGCUUUUCCAGAAACUUGGCACCCAUGCAUGCCCAGAAACCCAAUCCACCACAAAAGGCGGUGACCUCUCUUCAUUCUCUCUCCAGGACUCCAGACCUUACUCUGAGCUUUCUCUCGUUUGGUUUCAGCUCAGAGUCUGGCUUUCUCUCAUUUGGUAUCAGCUCAGAGUCUGGGUACUAAGAAUCAUAGAAGCAGUUAGCAACGAAUGGCAAAUGCUAGACUCAACACUUUACAUUCUAAAGUGGAAGACCAUCCUGAGCAAUGCAGGCUGCCUGGGGCAGGUGUCACCCGUGUGUCACCCCGUAGGUGAAUCCACGCCUCUCCAAGUGCAGCAUGUUCACUUGUCUCUUCUAAAAUAAAUGAGAUGGCUGUUACGGCAUAGCUCUUGGCAUCCUUCAGUAGGGAGUCUCUCACCAAAUGCCAGCUCAUGGGUGGUGUAAGCUGUGGCAGCAUGACAGUAGUCCUUGGGCUACUGUCCUUAGUGUCCUGUCCAGCCUGUGAUUAUUUGAAAGGUAUGUUUGCCACUUUCCCUCUUUCACAUUGAGGCAUGCACUUCAACUAAUACCAUCUUGUUUGCUUUAUUUGAAAGUGAGAAAGCAGAGUCCACAGCCUCAUUCAGCUUCCAUUACACAGCUUCCACGUCCUGCCACUGGUAGUGUGGUUCCACUGCCUGCAGUGGUGACUGGUGCUCACUCCCACCUCCACGGCAGGGCUAGUGGCUAGGCAGAGGCCAUGCACAGAGGGAGGCCCUCUGACUGCAGACAGCAUUCCUCCCUGUCCCAAGGCUCAAGGAUGCUUCUGUGGCACCCUCCAGGGGCCCCUCCCAGGACCCUGCCCCAUAGCACAGAGAAGCUGUGGCCAGCUGAGGAGCCACUCCCAGGGGGCCUCAAGGACACCACGGCCUGAUCCUUGAUUGUCACCACAUCUUUCUGGCCAUGUGGACUUAGCCCUUGGGCUGAGAGAGAAAUGAGACCAAAGGGAGUAAGAUAAAGUUCUUUGUUUCUCUCCUCCAGGGGCUGGGUGAAAAUCAGUAUGCUGCCUGUGCAGUUGGAGAGCUGUCAAAAGGACACCAUGAGAUUAGCCUAGGCGGUGGUUUGGUUUGGGCUUUUUAAAACUUAAGUAUUUGAGAAAAGAAACUCAGUUGCUCUCUCUUUAUGCUGAAUUUUAAUGUCACCAAGGGCUUUUACUCAUGAAAUCAGGCCAAAUACAUUUUCAAAAUCUUACCUACUUUAGUGAGAGAUAGGCAGGAUGAAACAGAGGCGGGGAGAUGAUUCAAGAAAGGGGUCAUUGACAUUUAUUGAUGGUUAUAGCUGCAUGUACAGAAGUAGUGUUGAGGCAUUGUUGGUACCAGCUCUAGGUGUUCAGGAUUAAACCAGCUUUCUCAAGUUAGGGAAACCAUAAUCAGGAGUCGUUCUCUUUGAAUGAUCUUAUAAAAUUGUUGUAUAAGUUUUUUCAACUAGUGUGACAGUCACCAUUUAUGCCUAAGGCUUGAUUCCAGCAGAGAUUUUAACACAGUGGCCUAUUCUCCCUCCACAAAGUGACAGGAGUAGCAGCCACUACCCCAUGCCAUAGAAUCACUAAGAUACUGAUGCCUGCAGAUGAGUUCUAAAAUGGAAAAUCCCACUGGAACUGGCAAACUAGAGGAUUCCCUAAAAUUAUCUGUCAUUUGGGGUUUCCAUUUUAAUCUUCAUUUCAAAAAUGGAUGCCCUUGAAAAGAAAUAAUUUAUUGAUAUAGUAAAAGUAAUCAUGGAGUUUUGAAACAAAUAAGUCCCUCUUGCUAAAAUCUAAGACCUUCUCUACAGGUGCCAUUGACUCCUAAAAAGUACGCAGCCAGUGUGAUCAGUGGAGGUGUUCUGCCUUAGGGCAGCAGGCUGGCCUCUGUGGCGGGAAGCCCCAGUUAACACAGGCCAUCCUCACCACCUCUGCAUACCUCGUCCCAGGCCCUCUUGCCAGCUUGUCGGUACAGGCAGUGGGAUGACAGUGUCGGCAUAUGGAUCAGCCGCACCAGCCAGAUUAUGUAAAUUCAGACAUUUUUGGGAAAGAAAAUAAAAUCUGAUUUGAAAACUAUGUUGAAAUGAAGGUACAAUCUUUAUUAUAACUUCAUGUCUAAUGUGUUCAGCUAACUAAACUAGGCAUUAGCUCCUUUAAGAUGUAAAUAAAAGAUAAUGUCAAACAAAGUUCACAAAUUAUUCUGCCUCGCUCCUCACAGCAGUUUAGCGUUCACUAGUGAUAGGUGGUUUUUAAGGACUUUGUACAUUUCUAUAUAAAUGGAGAAGCCAUAUCUGAAGUAGUUCAUUAAUGUAAGAGUUUCCAAAGAUUAAAGGAGAUUAACUGUGCAUAGGAACCUAUAGCUUCUGCUUUAAGUGGAAGUCCAUUUUUGAUUACUGAAUGUUAGGCAAACAUGAUUGUUACUCCAGGGGACCUGCUCCUGUGGCAUGGGUGUUCAGCUCAGCUGAGGCCUUGAGGCUCUGUGACAAGAAAGCAUAUCCAAGUUACCAAAUUAGUUAUAACAACCAGGUGGAUACUUUUCUAAACUAUCAGAGCUUAGCUUUUGAAUAAAAAUUACUGUCUUACCAAAAGUAUUUUACAUGUUCUUGAUGAGACUGUCAUUUUCACUUUAAAAGGCUUGAGCAAUUGCCACUGAUAUUUUUUUAAAGUGCAUGACAUAAUGAUCUUCAUACAAUUUGAAUUUUUUAAAAAAUCACUGUUUCUUGCUAACUGCAAAUUUUUGCAUCUCAUAAAGGGAAUUUUGUACUAUAUUUGAUAACUAGUUGAUUUCAUUGCUAGUCUUAGAACAGUAUACAACUAUCAAGUUAUACUGUGCUGUGGGAAGUCAUUUAUGUAUAAAGUCACUUUUGCCAAUUAGUUUUAUGUCUACACCUGAACAUUUCCCAGAGAACUCCCCCGAUGCACUCACUAAGCAGGUGACGACACCUGGCUACUCAUCCUCCCAUGCAGCGUUUGUUUUUGCCUCCCUCCCGGAUUGCCAUGGCAACCUUCCAUCAAAUGCAGCUGGGGAUUAUACUGGUAGUGAGUUCUCUAGGGAAGGAUACCUGUGGGCUCUCAUUGGCUCAGUGGCACUUGUGCAAGAGGGAACACAUGAGGGCAGCCCACCUGUGGAAUGGCUGCUGGCUGCUACCAGAUCUCGGUGAGGUCCCUCCUUCAUGACAUUCCAGCCCUGAUUGCCAGGCUGGUCUGCAGACAGUGCAUGAGCCCAUUGGAUUACCUGGCACCCAGAACAACUGUCCUCCAGGAGACAGCAGAUCGGAACAGCCUUCCCAGCCACAUGCCUUUGCUACAUGUUGAAUUCUGCAAGGAAAGUCAACAUUUUGAAUUUCAAUGUGAUUACAGCUCUUGCUAAUAUAGAAAAGUGCAGCUCGUUAAAGCUUACUAAAGUGCAGCUUUAGUAAGAGUAGUAAUAUUUCUCUUUCUGCCUAAUUUGCUAUGUAAGAUAACCUUUGAACCACAAGUUAUGAUAGAACCCCAAAACCUCAAUUAGACAUGAGCUACAUGAAGUCAUUCAUUCACUUUUAAAAAGUUUGCUUCUACUUAGAUACAGUGCUGCUUCUAGGAAUGCACAACUCACAGCCCCAUGCAGCAUGUGUCCAUCUCUGUGCUUCUUAAUUGCCUUGUUCAGAAACCUGCCAUUUUACGUAUGUAUUUGUUGUAAAUGAGUCCAGCACCCAUUUAAAUUAAUCUUUUUUUUUAAUGUUAUGAAAAUAAUCAGUUCAUUUCAUCUUAGUUUAAGUCUUUUCUUUUUUCCUUUUUUACUGCUGUCAUUUCUUGUGCUUGUUUUUUCCCCAGUGAGGGUUGUCGAAGAGAAAAUACAAUGAAGAAUGUUGGAAGUCGCAAAUAUGCAUUUAAUUCCCUGCAGCUGAAGGCUUUCCCCAAGCAUUACAGGCCUCCCGAAGGGACUUACGGAAAAGUUGAAACGUGAACACACGGUUUCCUCUAAUUAGCUGUUACAUAAUAAAUGUGGGUACCCUCUAGUGUCAUAUAUGACUUCUUCAAGAAGACCUGAAAGAUUGGUUUUUAUUUUUUGUUUUGUUUUUGUUUUUGUUUUUAAAUUCACUUAAGAAUCUAUGGAGCAUGUUUUUUGGUUUUGGGUUUUUUUUUUUGUUUUGUUUUGUUUUUUUACCAUUGGAAUCAAUAGGAGGUAAUGUUUGGGUCAAUAAUGUGGUUAGUAACAACUGCCCAUUUAAAUAGCCUUUGGCUGUAACUACACAGAUCUAUAUGAAUCAAAAUGCCAACUUGCUCACUUAUUUUUCUGCAGAGUAACUCAAAAGUGACCAUUGAAUUACAAUCCACUUUGUACAAGUAUGAAUGUAAAACAGUAAAUAAUAAAUAAUUGGAUCCUAGGCAGACCAAUAAAUGUUAAAUGUUAUUUGGGAAAAGAAGCUAGCACUAUCUCAUACAGUGAGAAUAAAGGGUUCUAGUGAAUUAUCCUAUUUACAGCACCACCUAAAGAAGUUGAAAGAAAGAUUGAUAAAUUAACUGGAGAUAAGACUUUAUUAGAAAGUAACAUCUCCAAGGUAGCCCACACAGUUGGGUCCACUCUUUUUUUUGUCCCUCAUGAGUUAGAGAACUGGGAGUCUGCUUGGAGACACAAAGCCAGCAGUAAGGUCCCUUUAGCCUGUCUCCUGUUCUCAGAAGCUCCCUGUCUAGGCUCUCCCAUGCGUACAGGGCACAUCUCCCUUUCUUCUCUAGAUGUGAAUCCAGGGCUUCAGAUGUGGCAUGUCACACACUCAUGGGGAAUUGAUGACCAUAGAGAUAGUAGAAACCUAAAUAUUUACAGAAAAGAAUUUUCUUGCAGGAUUUCCAAUAUAUCUUCUUCUAAAAAACAGUACAAUCAUGUUUGAAUGUCUGAUAAAAGUGUCUUAUUUUUAGGUUUGCAAUAAUUGUUACUUUCUUAUUCUCGUUCCGUUAUGUAAGAUGACUAUUGAGCAACAGUUGAAAUUAUCUCCUUAAAUGAGAUUUUGAAAGAGAUUUAUGGGCCAUAAAACUUAGGAAUUUCAUAUAAAAUUUUGUCUGGUCAUCUUUUAUAAGAUGAUGAUGAGUCUUAUCUGCACAUAGCAGAGUUUUUUUCUUAGGAGUUUAUAUGUUUUAUUGAUUCUGUUUAUGAUGUUUACAUGUUCUUGAAAAGGUUGUAAAAGAAAUCUAUAUGGCAUAUAUUAAUGCUGAUCCUAAUGAUUUGUGAACCUCUUAGAAAUUCUUAUGUCUAAAAGCCUACAGAUUCUUCUGGUUUCUUUAGAAACAUAUAACAAACUUGGGCCAGGGGUGCUAAGCAUGGGGAGGACUACUUAUUGGCAGGAACACAGAGGGGGUGGGCAUCAGGUAGGGGUAGAACUGGGUGACCUUCCAGAUCCCCUCCUACUCAGAAGUCAGCAUGCAAGCAAAGCCUGCUGUCUCCUGGUGCCUGCAGGGAGGAGAAUGUCUGUGGAGGACACUUUAACAAGGAUGCAGCUCUCAGCUGCUCCCUCAAAGCUGGUUCACUAUGGCAGGCAGGAGGCAGAGAAACUCCUGCCCACCAAACCCACUGCACAGGUGGCUGCUGCUGGUGUCACAUUCUCCUUUUUAAGUGUCAGUCUCUGUUCACAGACAGUUCGCUUUCAAUAUGGCUGAUUUGGCCUUUCACCUCUCCACCACCUCAUUUAAUUUGUAAAUUUUUAGUUCCAUAUUUUCUCAUUUUAACUUUUAAAAAAUCUCCUUGCUUUUUAAAAAAAUCAAUAUUACCCACAUAGUUUUCAGAUAUUUUUUGUCUGAAGAACAUUAAAUAUCUGCACUUAUCAAAGGGAAUAUAGCAAAUGUUGAUCAUCUGUCAGGAGUUUUGCAUGUGGCACCUUUAUAUGAAUUAUUUUCCCAAUUUUUGCUUUAUGUAAUGGGUCACCAUAAAACUGUAAGACUUGGCAAAUCAUGUAGAAAAGGUUCAGGUUUCAGUAUUCUCUCUGAAGGCAUUGUUACUGGGCUUCUGGUGGCAUCACACUUCCGGCGGUUGCAGGAUGAGAGUGUGUUACACAGCCUUGGAGGCAAGUAGCUCCUCUCUUCUGUAGGAGCUUUGAGUUUUCAGAUGUGCAGGGAGGACAGUUUUACAAGUUACCGUAGGAUAGAGGUUCCGUCCAAUGUUCCUUAUAAAGCCUCCCCAUUUAAAAAGAAAUGAGAUCUAUGGAAAACUGGGAAUGUAAUGUGGAUUCUGUCAGAGCUCCUACAGAGCACAGUUGCCUUUAGUUUCAUUUAAAGAUGUAAAAAUAUUGUAUAAUACAGUUUUGUCCCUACACAAUUGUAUUUGCCAAGCUUAGUGCAUUAUGAUACCUUUAUUUAUUUGUUUCGGGCAGUAUUAAUAUAUAUAUAUAAACGUACAGUUACUGUUUUAUAUAUUCUUAGGUCAUUCGAAGCCAUGUAUGCUGUAAAUGUGCUAGUCUUUAGAAUGACAAAUAAUAAAUAACUGACAAGAUAUUAAAUUUGGCCUUGACUGAUUCAUCCUAUUAGGAGGACUAGUUCUAUGUGACCAGCCUAUGACUGGACCAUUGUUGUUGGGCAUUGUGUUGAGUGCUCAGGUGCUGAAUGCAUAUGUUUGUAAACAUGGGACCAUGGGAGACUUCCGUUUUAUAUGCUUGUUUCUAACUAAUUUGAAGCAGAGGGGCAGCAGGGCUGAAGUUAAAAGCAUGGACUUUGGGGGCACACAGACACAGGUCCCAAUCUUGGUUCUGCCCCUCACUGCUGGUGACUCUGAGCAAGUUGCUUAACCUCUCCAAGCCUCCAUGUCCUCGUGUGCAAAGUGUGGAUAACAGCGGUACCUUCCUCAUGAGGUACGUGCGACGUUUCUCGGAAGUAAGUGUUUGUAAAUGGUAACCAUUGUUGUUACCUUCCCAUCAGUGAGCAUGGAUCACAUCAUCUCUGUGGGUAGCCCAGUCCUCGUCAUAUGACUUGCCAAAAUGCAGUUCCACUUGUAUUAAUAUUGGCACUGUUCAUCAUCACCAGGACUGCCCCUUGCAUUACUGUUUUGCCUUCUAGGCAUACAUGACCCAUGAUCUCCCUUGGAAAAAUUCCCCUCACUGGAAAUGUACAAUUACAGGAUGAUUGAAUUGUUUAA